AUGCCAGCACGCGACAUCAGCAACCAACUAGUGGUGUUCGGGCGCAGAAACUGCCGCGAGUUUUCCGAUUUGUUGAAGACGCUCAACUUCAACGACCCGAGUUCACAGGACGUCACCUUCUGGUUCAAGAACAGCGGCGCGAAGCUGUACAACAACGACCGGCACUCGAAUCAGAUUGAAAUCUACCUGAUGCACGACUCAUUCGAAAAAUACGAGCUAAAAGCUGACGAUAUUGCGGUCUCGGUUCGGUUGCAGAGUGUGCUGGACUGCCUAUUUGUUCUUGAUGGCGCCACCUCGUGCUUUGAAAUUCACUACGAAUCGGUGGGCGCACCUCUGAAAAUCUACACCGAAGACGACGGGGUGGUUCUGGAGGCGACGAUACCAACGACAGAAGUAAACCUGGAUAACCUCGACUUCGAAUUCACGAACGAUUUGGUGCAUGACGCGACAAAAAUCACGAUAAAGUUCAGCCCGGAUCGUAUCGUGUUUUGCGGGAUCAUCGGCGACAUGGGCGAGUCUUACACGGAAUUCCCGCGUGGAUCCGACGAGCUGGAAAGUUAUACCUGUGAGGACCACGGAGCGUUCAGCUAUACGCCGAAAAUCCUGAAGCGCCUCAUCCCCUCGCUUGCCAUUACGACCGGGGCUCAGCUAAAAAUUGACGAGCGCGGCAAUCUGAGCGUGCGAAGUCAAGUGCACCUGGUCGAUGCGCCAGAAAAACCCUUCGUCGAUUUCAAGUGCGUGCCGAUGACCGUCUACGACGACGAGCCAGAG